CGCCGGCGUAUCUGCUUAUUCUGAGUUAUUCAUCAACGAACACCAUGACUGGAAGACUUGUGCUGGGGCUUCUGAUCAUCUGUGUUGCAGCAGAUGCUACAAACAAGUCUGGAUCCGCAAGAAAGCCUUCUUGUCCUGAUGGAAAGAUCGGGAAAUGCACAAAGAUUUUGGACCCUGUGUGCGGCAGCAAUGGAGUCACUUAUAGCAACGAGUGUCUCCUCUGCAAGGAGAUAUUUGAAACCAAAAGGGACAUCUGGAUCACCAAACAGGGACCCUGCUGACCUGUGUGGUUGAUAAAAUCAACACAAUGAGGCAGCCCAGAAAAAUGAUAUCCACUGUUGUCGCAUUGUAAUAAAUUUAAGUUUCAUCAA